AUGUUUAUUCGACAAUUGAUACAGAAUACUCGAUUUUUCAUUAGACGAACUUCAUUUUCUGCUUUCCCCACAAGUGUAACUCGUCGUAAUUUGAAAAUUGAUCGGUCAAAUUUUCAUUUUGUUAAAAAGGAUAUAUUUCCAACCGUUUCCACAACCAUCGGUUUAGUUGGAAUAUCUUACUGGUAUGUGUACAAUAACAAUGUUGCGUUGGCUGAUGCUCCACCAAAAAGUGUAGAGUUUGAAACAACUGAGGAACCUGAAAGCAAAGUACAAAUUCCAACGUAUAUUUCAUUACAUGAUGGGACAAAAGCAAGACUUAUAGGAUUAGGUAUUAGAACAGUUUCAUUUUUGAGAAUGAAAGUUUAUGUUGUUGGAAUGUAUAUUCGUGAAAGUGACAUAGAUAUGUUAAAAAAGUGGAAGGGGUAUGAUAAAGAAAAGUUCAUGUCAGAGGAUGAUGAAUCGAUGGCUUUAUCAAUUUUGGAUCAGCCUAUUGUAAUGGCAAUUCGUAUUGAACCUGUACGAAAUACAAGCGGACAUCACUUGCGUGACGGUUUCUCGCGAACGAUUACUCACAGGAUGCAAAAUGGAUUCAUGAGCGAAGAGGAGGCUGAGGAUGUGUUAAAGGCAAUAAGGGAACUCCAAGCACAUUUUCCAAAGUCAGUGGUGAAAACCGGUACAGCUUUAAUUCUGACAAAGGAACCAAAUGGAACUUUAAGAAUGGAAUAUGAGGGAAAAUAUAUGGGAUCGGUGAAUAAUGUUUGGUUAACAAAUAAUAUAUUUAUGGGCUAUCUGGCAGCCAAAGACCCUAUUUCUAAAAAGGCGAAGAAAAGUAUUGCUGAUGGAUUUGAGGAAUUAUUAAAAUAA